GUCACUUUUUUUUUUUAUUACUAUUUACUUAUUUCCUUAUAAAUUUUUUUUCUUGUUACUUUUUCUUUGUUUCUUCAUGACAGGAAAGGACAUAUCAAUACUUCAAGACUCUUUAACAUACAUCUUAAAUACGCAACAAGAAGCAGAUCUAAAAGUAGAUCAACCUUAUGAAUCGAUGAAUGACAUUCGAGAGGCAGCUAUUUCCUAUGCAAGAAAGCAUAAAUUUGCUGUCUCUACACUCAGAAGUGGGUCUCGUCAACUUGUGUUAGUCUGCAGACAUUCAGGCAAAUACAGAGUGUCCAAAACAAGAGAACAAGAGCAAAACAAAACAACCCGUAAAAAGCCUAGUCAAAAGAUCUCUUGUCCUUUUCAGAUCAGAGCAAAACCAACCACAGAAAAAAAGUGGAUUAUUUACAAGAUCAUUGAUGAACAUAAUCAUGAAAUGGCUUCAGAUAUCAAGGCUUAUGCUCAACAUCGUAAAUUAACACCAGAGUCCAAAUCCAUGAUUAUUAGUUUUAUUGUUGCUGGUUAUUCAAAUUCAGCCAUUAUGGAUCAACUUACAUCAAAAGGCAUACAGACCGUAUUAAAGAAAGAUGUAGCUAAUUUGCGACAAACAUAUCUAAAGCAGCAACAACAACAACAACAACAACAACAACAAACAGAAAUAUACCAACCAUGUACAGAAUCAUCUGUUGAAUUAAAAGAUCAUUUAUAG